UUAGUCCAGCUUGCGCAUCCCGUGUCCACCCUGGAAAUGAAGAAAUUAGAUUUUGUGCUGUUGUGAGUGCGAUUUGUGUAUGAGAAUUUUGCAAUAAAGUCAUUUAUUUUCGUGGUAAUAUCUUUAAUAGUAUCAAUGUGUUCUGGAAAUGGUGUUUAAAGAAGACAUAGUCAAAUGGUUCAAGCAGUUAAGUAGUUAUAAACGUAUUGAUGUGAUGUGUAGUUUGCUAAAUAUGUGCCUUCCCUUUGAACUACGGUAUCUUGGCACAUGUCUAGAGGACCUCGGGAAGCGAGAUUUUAAAGAAUUGAGGGACUCUGAGAACAGAGCGAAUAACGUCUCUGAACUGUCUGAGCUACAAGUGUUAAGUGACAAACGAACUCAAGGAAAAAUAGCGCUUUAUCUGUCUUUGCUUCAUUCGUGUAACUAUGCGUGUUCUAAUACCCUUUACAAGGUGCUUGCGAACUUCGAUGUGGGUGAGAUCAGCACUAUUGUAAACAAUAACACCACGGACGAAAAUCCGUUGGAAGAACUUAUGCUCAUAUACACGCUUGCAAUGAACCACCCUGCGUUCACAUUCGAACAGAAAUCUGUUUUUGUUAAUAUUUUCUUGAAGCUUCAAGAGGAAGAAAGCAAGUGGUUUGCUUCGAAACACCCUCACGUCGGUAUGAGCCUUGUUUACGUCAAACCGCCAAUUCAGGCAUGUAUACCACCGUGCCAGGGGUCAGAAGAGCAGCAGGAAAUAGUUUUUCCAUGUCCAACCAUCUCGCUACCCCCAGGACAUGCUGCAGCAUGGGAAGCAAGUUACUCUCCGUACCACCCGCUGUGGAGGCGAUGUCUGUCUGGAGCACGGCUUGCAGGUGCAGACAUGAGCAAAGCAAGGCCCGCGCUCGGCUUCCACCCGGGGCUGAGCCUGGCCCACGACGCGCAGGGCACGGGCUACAUGCAGGUGGCGUUCCCCUCGCCCCAGCCCCUGCCGUCCGUGCCGUGGCAGCCCGCCGUCAUGAUGUGCGGGGCCCUGCCCGUGGCGUCGGACGAGCCCGGGCCCCCGUACCCCCUGUCGCCUUGCGCCAGCCGGCAGUCGUCCCCCUCGCAGUCCGGCUCCCCCCGCUCGAGCUCCCCGGCGAGGCCCCGCGGGCGCCACGGCUGCAAGGCCCCGGGGGACCCCCUGCGGGAGACGCUGGGCAAGGAGAUGCCCGGCUACCUGUCCCACCUGCAGAACUACAGCGUGGACGAGUUGCAGGGCAUGGGGGACGAGGAGCUGAAGAAGCUGGGGCUGCCCACCGGGGCAGUCCACCAGCUCCGCAGCAUAGUCAGCAAGCUGCACAGCACCAAUGGCUUGAGCCCUCUGGACAAGCGAGAGCAUCGCAGGAAGGCAGAGCCCACCGAUCCUGAACAGGGAGCGGACAGAAAGCCAGACGCGGGGGUCCCGGCCGUGCCGCCCCACCAGCAGCUGAUCACGGCUCCAGGGGUGGGCAUGACGUGCAUCACCGUGCCGGUCACCACCGCGCCUUCCUCGCGCCAUGCGCUGAUGCAAACCCAACAGUUCCUUCACAUCAACAACAACCUGCGCAACCUGAGGCUGGACCAGGCGGACUGCGGCAGGCACUGCUCCAACAGCAGCAGUGCGUCGGACAGCUCGAGCGCCAGCCACUCCCCGCCGGACACCCCCUCCAUGCCCCCCACCACCCCGCACUGGGAGAGAGGUUUCAUGCCAAAAGAGUGUGGUUCUCGAGAACACCGCAGCCCCGGGACGGACGAGAGAGAACGCAGAGUCCCGGAGCCCUCCGAGAAGGCGUCGGAAGAAGCUCCGGCUCCCGUGGUGCCGACCCAGGCGACGCGGCCUCGCCUGCCGGGGGGCCUGGGUCGGGGCAAGGUGAACCCUCCCGGCAUGCCGACGCUGCCCAGGAGUCGCGGGCCCAUCUCCGAGGGGGCGGGGCACAAGAGCCUCCCCGGCUGCAGGACGGCGGUGAACGGGGCUCCGAACGCCAUGCCGCCCCGGCCCGGCCACGACGACAGGAAAGUGUACGAGGUGGGGCAGGCCCCCGUCGUGCCGCAGUUCUCGGUCGCGAGCAACCCGCCCCCGCGGCCCGGCGAGGUGAACGUGCCUUACACAGCAUUCCUGCAGCACUUCCCCGGACUGCGCACGACCACGACGGCAGCGACCUCGAUAUUCCCCGCCUUCCACCACCCGGGCAGCUACAUCAGGCCCUCGUACCCGUUCAGCCACAACGGAGACCUGGUGUACCAGUACCACGGUCCCCAGACGCCCCCGCCGCCCACCUUCGUGCCCCCCGUGUUCCCGGCGGCCGUCCCCCCUCCCAAGGUGUCGUGUUACAACUGUGGCAGCGGUAGCCACUUGGCCACGGACUGCAAGGAGGCGACCAUGGAGGAGAUGACCAAGCCAGGUCAGUACCACAUAGACUACGUGCCAUAUCAGAAGUCUGGCGAGUGCUCGUCCGAGAAGUGACCGCUGGCGCCGCGUUGGCCGGCCGUCGUUGCCGCACCGCGCUUCCAGUCGUACGUCUACUGGAGGCUGCUGUGCUCUACCGACCGCUCGUGACACUAACUGCUGCCCUUCUCCUGUCUUUGUUUCUCUUUGAUGUUCAUAUUUAUUCACAAAUGUUUUAUAAACAUUUUUUUCUUUUUUUUUCUUUUCAUCUUUUUUGUUUUUGUGUGGCUAAAUUUUAAGUGUGUGUGUGUGUGUGCGUGCGUGCGUGUUUCCUAGUUGUGUGAAGAGCAGCGUAUCGUUUCAAAAGCUUUUUCGUGGAUACUGCUGUACUAAUUAUUGCGUAAACAAUAUGUAUCGGUAGUUGUGUAGCUAUUACUAUUUUGUGUGCACGCAAGCGAAUGUUUACGACAUGACGUAGUGCUCAAAUUUUUAGUGCACCCGCUAAACCCUGAAGUAUCAAACGUGAGUCAUUCUAUCGUUCGUUUUAUGACCACGUUUUUGCCAUUACGAAACUUCAUCUAUAUCAGCCUUUUACAUUGCUGUAUCAAAAUUAUUAAUUUGUAACUAUUCUACUUAACUAUUUUAAUAUAUAUUUUUGAUUUUGUUGAUAAUUUAUGAAAUGAAAAAUUCAUAAACCCAUUUUGGUAGUAUUUUUAUUGCUCUUGGUCGUUCAUUUUACUAGUUUCAUAUUGAAUAUUGUGAAAAUGUAAUUUUUAUGUUAAUUUUCUUGUUUGUUGGAUGGUUAUUUAUUCUAUAUCAUGCCAACGAAAAUUAUCACUAUAAGAAGCAUCACAAGGUACAUAUAUUGAGACACUUGUUUUUAGAAAUAUUGUGCAUGUAAUGCAUUCAAAAGCUGUAUUCAUUUUUUAAAAUUCUGUUGACAUUGUUCAUGAUGUUGUGUCAUAUUUGUUGGUAAAAGUAUUUGCAACUGUGAAAUAUUUGAUUAAAUUUUAGUUCGUUUAGUAGUUUUUGAUUAUGAUUUUUAAACUUUUCACGGUUUUAGCUAUGAGUGGUAGAGAGAGAGAAUGGUCAAGGUUUCUAUUUGUGAGCCUGCUCUAAGGAUGAUGAACUUGUUCAUUUAUAGUGGCAAAAGAAAAGAGAUAAACCAAGAAGCCAUGGAGCUAUUAGAAAAGAAGCAAAACUAUUAAACAAAUAUUGAGCAGGAAGAAAGAGGAUAGAGGUGAAUUAAUACUUUCAUAUGUUGCAUUUAAUCUUUUAAUUAUACCCGUACUUAUUCUCUCAAUCAUUUAUCACUGCUUUCGCUUGACAUUUCCUGUAUUGCCAUAGUAUACAAUAUGGCUGCUCUUUAAAAAUAACAGGACAUAUAUUGGUCUGUACUGCGUAAUCAACUUACUUUACAACUAAAUCGCUUUGUCACAAAAGUUGCAACAAUGCAUACACACUAGACAGCUAGUCUUGUAGACUUUUUUUUUUCAACAUUAAUUCUGAAAAGUUUUAAAGUUUUAAUUUAAAAAUUUGGUAUGUUAUUGUUAGCAAUUUUUCCCUGUGUGAAUACUUGAAAGGUUGAAGCAUUAAAUGCAAUUCUUCAUUUUUUAACAGUAAGAGUUGUUUUCUCUUUUUCUAAUAGCUCUAGGGAAGAAUAUAGUUUUGCAUUGUGGCAUUGUCUUGGCUAGUUGGGUCUUGCAUGCCACUUAGAAGUACGUACUGUAUGAUGACUCCACAAAAAUAUUUCUUUCUUCUUGCAGUUCAUCUUGAUUGACACAUUGUUGGAUAUUAAUUAUCUGAAGUUGUGGUACAGAUACAAAAGUAAGGUUUUUUCGAAUGGGGUACUCCAGGUUUUUUUCUUGAAAUUUGCAAGAGUUUAAAUCAAAGAUAUCAAAGUCAAAAAGAGUGGCCAAUGGCUUUAAAAGUGAGUAAAAUGUUUUUUUUUUUUUUUUUUUAGGUUCUCUUGUACAUGUUCAGACAAAUGUGUAUGGCAGUCGUAGAAGAUCUCUUGAUGAUUGUAUUAUUCCUGUUAUGUAGAUUUGUGUUUUGUAAAUAUUCUGGUAGAUUACAUUUAUAUUUAGUAUUGUGUAUUUAUAUGUACAUUUAUUUGUCAGCUUUGUUCCUGAAAAUAUUGGAAAGUAUGUUUGUGGAUAAACUAUAUGUUUGCAGGCACUCUUGGUUACUUCCAAAUGAGGAUAGAAAAUCCAUCAGAGAGUGUACCAUGCUGAAAUCGUACAGCACGCUCUGACCUUAGAGGAAAAGAAUCAGGUUCAUGACUUGGUACUGGAGAGUAUUUUGACCUUUAUAGUUAAAUACUCACUGCCAUACUUUCUUUGAUGAACUGAAUGCAUGAGAACCAUUGUUAAAAAGGAGGCAAACUUAAAAAAAGAAAAUCUAAACUUAUCUGAACAUCAUUUAUCAAACGUCUAAAUAUUGUGGUAAACACUUGAGGUGUGCAAAACAUUCAUGAAUUGGUAUCUUAAAAUAUGCAGCACUUUCCUAUUAAUAUUGUGAAAGAUUUUUGAGCAGGAGUUGUGGCUUUUGACAUUGGUAAAUCAUUUUAUAGAAAGACGACAUUUUUGUGUUACCAGGCUAUUUAUUUGGUUAGAUGUUUUUUUUUUUUUUUUUUUUCAUUAAUUUAUAGACAUUUGCAUUAUGAGUGAUGGAAUUAUGGAAAUUGAGACAUCCAAAAUUGUAUUAUAAACAAAAAUUGUAAUUUUUUGUUCAAAUCCUUCCAAAAGCUUCCAAUUGAUAAAGGAAUUGUCUUUUUAUUCUUGGUAUUACCAUGAAGACAGAUGCAAAAUAAAUUGUAUGAACAAUAGAGCACAGGCGAUGGUAGCAAUGAAAAAAAUUAUUUUGCAAAGUAGAUUCUUGUAUUAUAAUUUGGAAGAGUACCUAUAAUGAACCCAGUAUGUACUAACUUUGUAAAUUAAAGUCUUAGGCUUGGUAGAUUUAAGUUUUACCUGCACCCAAAAUUCAAUUCAUAACAUUUUUUUUUAAUUUGCACUCACCUGUAAACACCAUGUUGUACAGAGAUAGUUCCUAAUUGGCUGAAAACGUGAGCUAAUCAAGAGGCUACCUCUGUCCUUGUUUUAUUUAUUUAUUUGCAAUUAGUUACACCUAAGGCAUAAGUCCUGUUUGUUUAGUUAGGAACUUUGAGUUAUUUUUGCGUUGAGGAAGAUUGAUUUUAAGUGUUUUUGUGUAUAUACGCUAUUGCUGGUCACACUGCAUUUCAUAGAUAAACCUCAAUAAUGGACAAAAAAAGGUGAAUUUGCAAACACAAAAAACAAGCCAAAUUUUCAAAAUCAGCCAUUUUGGCUUGUUUGUGUGUUCAUAUUUUGUGUGUUAUUGAGGUUUAUCUAUGACAUACAGUGUAACCAUCAAUGUCGAGGUCCAAAAAAUAUUUAAUUGUCUAGUUAGGAAUGAGCAUUGUGGUUAUUGACUAAAUCUGUUUACCAAUUAGUUAUCUGUUUCAUCUGUUGUCAGCUCCACUUGGCUUGCACAACUUUUAGACUUGUUUCAAGUCCGGAGUGGCCUGUUGAGCUCAUUUGCAAACCAGAGCCACCCAGCAAUCAUUCAACUUCAAAUUCAAGGGUUUCCCCCCCCCCUCCCCCUCAAAAUAAUGAGAUAACGAGAGAAUUGAGAGUAAAGCCAGAUUCACAGUACCUUGGGAAGAAAAUGUGAAUGGAAUGUCAAGACCCAGAGAGCAAGACGUUCACAACAAAAUGCUAUUUUGACAGUACACUUCGAGAGUUGUAAACAAAACAAAUUCUUUAUGAAAAAAAUAAUAAUUUUCUUUAUGUUGGUUAAUUAUUUGAUGCAGCAAUCAUGUGUGAUUUUUUGGUUAAAUAAAAACGUUAGUAUAAAAAUGAAUGCAAAAUGAAAUUACAUUUUCUUUUAAUUUUUCAAAAUAAAUUUGGUCCUUCAAUAUGUGAGGCACUUUUGUAAUGUCAUUUUGCCCAUGUGAACCAAAAGCAGCCAUCUGAUUGGCUCGGUGGGAAGCAGACAGAAUCUGACUGAAAUAAGUUGAAUGAUUUUUGUGUCUGUCCUGGGCUUCUUCCGUCACCUCGCCAUCAGUUAUGCAGUGUGCUGCUGUUAGCGUAGUUUUGUGUUUCCGGGCGUCUGUUUUAUCAUUUUACCGUUACAUUUCCGGGCUUAAAAUAACUUCUAUCUGCCAAAUGCCAUUGACUGAAAUGGGUCUGGGGUCAUGUUGCUUCCUGAUACUUGUUGUGUAGGACAUCAGAGAUAUAAAUAAGUAUGAAGUGCAAAUGAGCAAAGAAAAUAAUAAGGAAAUAGUUAAAAGUGGAAAAUGCAAAGUAGCAGAAGUGCACACAGUUUGGUGCAUGUGAAGUGAAUGAAUUUUGUCUUAACAUCUUUCUCUGGCUUGAGGUCAUUGAAUCUUGUAGGAAGACAGAAAAAGUAUAAUACAUUUAUGCACUCUCACAUGUUUCACUGAGUACAUAAGUUACCAUCCAGCUUCUUAUUUGCCCGGGAACAUUUGCAAAAUGUUUUAUUUUUUCUGUGUGUAUCUCCCUUUGAGUACCAGUCUGCGAGUAGCCAAGUUUGACUUAAAAUAACUAAGUUAGUUGUGGCUUCUGUGUAGUUCUUGAUGCAUUUCAGUUGCCUUUUAACUGAAAUGAUAUCUGUAAAAUAGCUGUAAUUACAUGUUAAGUAUUUUUAUUUUUAUGAACUUGGCUACUGUAAAUUUACAUAUUUUAUAGAAGCAAAGAUUACUUGGAUUUUGUUUUAAAAAUAAUUUACCUGCAUUUUGUUGGAAAAGUGUCAUUAGCACAUAAAUUACAUACUCUCUUUUUUGAAAAAAGUGUUUUUGGAGGCUUUUUAUUUUUCAGAAUCAGAUCUUGUCAGGCAACAAAAUUAAAGAGGUGCUUCUAGUGGUACAUUUUCUCGAGUUACCCUUAUCUGCUGUGUAUGUUUCCCAUAAAGUGAAAUUAUUUGUCUUUUUUUGAUGAUUAUUUCUUGCUCUAAACCAUAGGUUAACUUUUGCCUUAACUAUUAAUUGACAUUUAAUCUGGCCUGUUGUUCGGUAUCAGACCUCCCUGUUAAUUAAUAAAGUUUAUGAAGAUAACACAAGACUGCUAAGUGUUUUCAAGUAAAUAUUUGUGUGGCAGCAUAGUUGGUAUCAUAUGAACGACUUGUGUACAAAUGAUACAGUUUUUGAAGAAAUACGUGAAACGUAAUGAAACAUGUUGAAAGUAGAAAUUUGUCUUGGCCCAGAGAUUAAUGUUAAUACAAUUGGAAAUGUAAUCACAUAGGCAUUUGAAGAAGCUGUGAGGAUCUUUCUCAACAUUUUAUUAAGGGUUGUCCAUUAACAGAGACGUACUUAUCUAAAAUGUAGUUCGUAGUUGUGCUGCGUUCAAAUGGUGUUGGUACCUACCUCUGAUUACAUUUCAGCAAGAUUGAGGCGAAUUACUUAACAGAUUAAAAUUUUGAUUAAAUGUUUCAUUAUAAAAUAUGUAAGUGCAAUUCAAUAAACCAUCCAGAAGCAGUUACGAAUAAAUGCUUUUCUAUUGAACACAGUCAAUAAAACCCUGCUUGAUAUCUGACAAAGGUAAGGCAGCUGGAUGGGAAAGGUUUUUAGAAUUGAAGGAAAGGAUCACAAAGUGAAGUGAUUGAAGGUCAGAGUGGUGAUUCGAAACAUGGAGUCCAAACAAGGAGCUGCAAACAGGACAGAUGUGCAAAAUCUAUUUGGACAUGAUCAUGAAUAUGUCAUGAAGACAUAAAACUUAAUUUUUUACAGUUUUGUUUUUGAAAGUGUGUGUUUUUAUCAUUUUUGUUCUUAAAGUUAUCUAGGAAAUUUUAAAAUUCAUUUCAAACUGCAAAAAAUUAUGCAUUUUUAAAGAGAAAAAACUGUAAUUGUCGGAAAACAUUUUUAUAGUUAGCAAAAAUUGAGAAGCUCGCUCAUAAACCAGUCUUAUGGGUUAGUUUAAACUAUUAUAAUUCCAGUGAUACUAUUUCAACACACUUGUUAAAUGGAAACUGAGGGAUGAAAAAUUAGAUUUAGAGCUCUAAUUUAUGCAAGAAUAUGUACUGCAUUUAAGAUAACUGAUAGUUAUUUCGGUAAUAAGCUAUUAUGCAAAAAAGAGAAUGGAAUAUGUUAGUAUUCAGUAGCUAAAGUACCAUUGAAUGUUCUUAAAAAUUAUACUUGAAUGUUAAUUUGAACUUGAUUCAUGACAGGAGAUACUAGUUAAGAUGCACGGCAAGAUGAGUUGUGACACUUAGUCUUUCAUUAUCUUGCACUGUCUUCUGUCUUCUUGUACUUGUCUGCUCCAUCCUCUCAUCCUUGAGGAUGUAUGCUGGCAGUACACUCAUUUGUAAUACAUAUUGCCAUUCCCAAGGCCAUGAUCUUAUCCACUGUCCAAGUGUCUCGCAGACCUAUACCUUUUUUGUGUACUUUUCCAAGUCUCAAGUGGGGAAACUUGGUGGAUGUUAGUUUAUCUGGGCCUCUGCCUGUUCACUUCCACCCUUUCCUUGACUUUGUCUUCCUUCCAUUGUCCUCUUACAGAUGGUUGGUUUCAUCUCAUCCUCUUUUACUUAACUCUAGGACUACUGUAUGCAACAUUCUUUGCUCCAUCAUCCAAGCACUCUGUUGACUCUGUACAUUGCCUUUCAUUUCUUCCUCUACUGUCGAAGUCAGUCAUUUGCCUGGCCCUGCUUACCUUUCUUUCUCUUUGUGUGUCCAAACAAUAUGGUGUCAAGCUAACUCAAGUGAAAUUUAUUUCUUUUGUUGCAAUUUUUAAUGCAUUAUUUCAUGCCAUACAUCCUGAGUAAGUAUUCAUUAUUUCUUAAGUAACCAACUGUUUUUUUUUUCUUUUUCAUUUUUAAUGAAAACAAACCUGUUUUUCAUGCAUUCUGUAAUGCCAGCAGAAAUUUUGGAAUGUUUCCCCAAGUCUGAGCUAUUGCUGACAGCAUUGCAUUGAUGAGCAGUUAUAAAUUCAUGCUAUUAAGAUGCUCUAUUUAAUAUACUUACUGCCUUAUGAGGACCAUGUUUUUGUAUACUGGCAAUUUCUAAUUAUUUAUUUUCUUUAUUUUUCAAUAACAUUUUCCUGUAUUUACAUCUCUUUAGGACACAUCUCCUUAUGGACCAAGUAGUGAGAGUGUCUAGUUGUAUACUAUUGAUAUUCACCCAAUUUUUAAGCUUCUGACUAUGUGAGUGGGGCUCUGUAGAGUUUAAUUUGCAAUAAAUACGAAGGUUUCACGUGACUGGAAUAUUUUAAAUUGUAGUUCAUGUCAUUUCUUAUUUACCAGUGUAUGUGAAGUUUGAAGCCCAACUGGUCUUGACUAGAUCGCUGCUCAUUUAAUAAUGUUUCCUUAGAAAUGUACUAAAUGAGAAAAUUCUGAAUUUAUCUUUAACCACAUGAGCUUGUACCAGAUCUGUCUGUAUGUCAUCCUUAUUCCUGCUCAAGUUUUUGCGCACCUUUGGUGUUCCACGAGAGAGAAAACCACAUUAGCUUUGUUGUUGUUCUCCAUUCAGAUAAUUGGUCCUUCAACAUUUUAUUCUUUGUACAUUUAGAAUAAAUUUUUUAACAUCUAUAUUUCUGUUUAAGGAGUUAUUGUGAUAUUAUGUGUUCUGGGUGUUAACUUUGCAAGUACAUAUAGAUCAUUUGAGGGGAAACACAUUUUGCAGACCUAUUUCUAGAUAAAAUAGUAUUGAUUGAUACAUAAAAGUCAUAUUGAAUUGAAUGAUAUCAAGUUCUUAUGAACCAAAGUUACCUAGUUUUAAAAUAAUUUUUAUGUAUUUAUGUAGCAAAGUUUGCUGUUGAAUGAAAUAAGAUAUGAUCUAUGAAUAAACACCAAAUUUUUUAGAUUUCUAUUAACAUGAGUUUCAAUGCUUACGAUUAAUUCUAAGAGGAUUGUUGAUGUGUAGGCCAUAUUAAGUUGUCUCAGUUGUAUUGCUUACACCGUUAUAAUGUUACUGCACUGUCUAGCCAAUUGUUUCUGUGCUUUUUAUGCCAUAAAAGUGUUUUUAAUGCAAACAAUUAAUAUUGGUAUUUUUUUAAAGCUUUCUGAUUAAUAUUUUUACAAAAUUUGUAUAGUGUAAUUAAACACCAGCUUUGACAUUUUGUAUGAGAGACUGUAUUUUAAGAGCACGAAGCCAGUGCACACUUUUUUUUUUGUUCAGGUUAGGAGUAUUUUUAAUAAUUGUGGAGAUGACUAGUGAGUAUAUAUAAAACAGCAAUAAGUCAAAUUAUGUAAUUUUUGUUUUACUUGGAGGCAGCUGUUAUUUUAUUAAUCUCAGGUCAACCUGUACAAUUCUGUGGCGUAAUAUGUAUCGCAGAAUGUUAAAAUACAUUCUAAUUUGAAGUGUAUGUAGUGGUUAAUAUAAGUUCUUUGUUUGGAUUUUUAUAGUAUGCCUUAGGUAUAAAUACAUAAUAAUAAAUGUUAUAAAAUAAUGGGACAGUGACUUUUUUUUACAGACUAAACAAGUGCAUAAUUUUUUUAUGGAAAUGGAAACAAAAUGUCUGGAAGUUAUCGAAAAACGUACAGUAGAGUCCCUCUAGUCGGGAUCCCACUCUUUUGCACAUCGGUUAAUCCGGACAGGAUUUUUAAAAAAAAAAACAGGAUUAUUGUUUUGGUAUCUCACAUCAGUUCAUAGAUUAAAAACUGAGGUCUCUUUAUAAAGUAAUAUUAAAUAUUAAAACUAAAAUUAAGCGGUAGUAAAAGUUGUCUUUAUUGAAGAAAAAAACAUCGUAUUGUGUAUGUAGUUUUACCCAUCUAAAUCCACACACAUUUUAAGGCAAAUUCUGUUUAUUCUGGACUUCCAAUAAUCUGUACAAGGUCCGGUCGUAUAUAGUCCGGAUUAGCGGGACUCUAUUGUAGUAGUUUAAGUGUACAAGGUACAAUCAUGCUGCUUAUAUAACAUAUAAUUUGCUUUCUCAUUUAUAUAUAUAUAUAUAUAUAUAUAUAUAUAUAUAUAUAUAUAUAUAUAUAUAUAUAUAUGCACACAAAUACAGAAUGUCCCAGAACUCAAUAUCAAGCCAAGAACAGUUGAUAGGCCAGUUAAUUACGAUUCUGAUUUUAAAAUAAAAACUUAAUUCCAAAAUUUUUAUAGUUUUUGAGUUACAUGUACUUUUUCAGAAGUCUUAAAAUAUCCACCCUGCACAAAUGAUUAGAUAUUGUGAAUAAAUUUUUUCAUGAAAUUACCUUACGAUUGAUAACAAUUCAAAAUAAAAUCAAACAUCCUAUAUUUGGGUGGAGGGGGGAAAUUAUUUGCAUGACUCAGAUGACCACAAUUUUUAAUCAGGCAAAUGUGACUUUGCGUUAUAAAAAAAUUACUUUGCUAACUUAGCAAGUUUAUUGUUUUAAUUAGCCAUCUCUUCAAAUAACUUUGCUAAGUUAGCAAAGUAAAUUUUUUUUUCAGUAUGACUAAUCAAAUUACUCUAUUAUUUUUUGCCACAUAUGUCCUUUUUUUUUUUCUCUCUAAAAGUAUUACAUGUUUGAUUUUAUAUUGAGUUGUUAACAAUAGUAGGAUUGUUUAUGAUUGUGUAGCAAAAAAAUUGUCACAGUAUCUAAUAAUUUGGUGUAGGGUGGGGAUUUAAAGACUUUAGUAAAUAUGCAUGUAACUUGAAAACUAUUAAACUUUUUAAAUUUUUGUUUUUUGAUUCAGAACCAUAUUGAAUUGGACUAUCAACUGUUCUUGGCUUGACUUUUGAGUUCUGGGACACCUGUAUAUAUUUUCUGUUUUGGCAUUGUGUCUUAUAUUUUGUUUAUUUCGUGCUUAAGCAUGUUCUGUAAGUAGGCUGUUUCUGGUCCAGCUAGAAUGAACUAAAAUUAUUGGGUAUCAGAAAAAGGCAUUAGAAAAGAGUUCACGUCUCCUUGCUGUGUAGUUAUAACCUUUUUUAUUCAAUUAACUUGCUGUUUCAUUUGAUAUACGUAAUGAUUGAUGACAAGUAUAGAUCACAAGACUGUGAUUAGACUAUGCCUGAAUCGGUACUAAGAAUUUGCAAAAUUGUGGUACUACAGAAUAGCUUAGAUUGACAAAACAUUUAUUGUGAUUAAUGAUGCAAAAAAAAUUACAAUACGUAAACUCAAAUGUUAAUGCUAGAAAACUGCCAGGAAAGUUAACAGUUAAAUAGUUCUUUUAAUUUGCGAGUAUUAAUGACAAAAAUAAAUGUAUUUUUGUUUAUUGAACAUAUAAAGUAUUUUUUUUGGAGAACAUUUAUUAAAUAGGCUUAAUUCAUCAUGUUAAUGUAACUUAUAUGUGGCUAAAUGAACAAUGUGUUAGUAAUUCUGCAGAAUUGUAUUAACUACCUAUAUUUUUAACCAUACUAUUUUAAAUAGAAGCCCUGUAGUAACAUACAUGGCAGUUCAUGCCUUUGGGUAAUGCCAUGGUUCAGCACUUAGUUAUUAGUCAAACCAAAAUAAACUGAUAUAUUUUUGGUUUGUUAUGGUUAUCCUAACAGAAGUGAAAUUACAUAUUUUAUAUGUAACUACAUAUUAUUUUGUUUGCUUGUUUUUUUUUUUUUUUUUUUUUUAUGUUUGUAACCACUAGCCCCACAACGAAGGGCAUGCUUCUCUCUCGAACCGUCAAACUUCUAUGUUAUGUGGCAUUUGUGUAUACUGCAUUGAACCCAACUUAAACGUAAUUCUGGUCACCUGCAAAAGUACUUUUUUAUGGAGACAAGACACUGCCUCAUUCAAUAGGUAGUAUGUAGAAACGUCAACACCCAAGCAGUAAACAUGUUUUUAGUUAAUAAUUUUAAUUGUCCUGAACUGUGGAUGAAAAUUAUUCCUUGGAUAGUUUAAUCCUGAAACGUCUGUUGUUAAGUUCAAAUAUUGUUAAGUGUUGACAGCUAAGUCAAUUAAAUUGUGUCAUUUCUUUGAUGAAUCCAAAACUAAGAACUUGUAUUCCUGUUAAAACCAUUGACUCUUUAUGUUUUGGGUAACAUAUAAAUAACAGUUAAGCCCUGUAUGGCAUUUAUGUAGGCACAAGUCGUGGGUCUGCAUGAGCAAAAAAAAGUUUUGAAAAUGAGUAUUUUAUGAGUCGAGUUGAAGAGUGAUUUCUGUUGCAUUAGAUGCUGCUGUGUAAUUAUAUAUGUAAAUGUUUUACGAUUUCGAAGGUUUGAGAUUUGUGUUGGCUGUUUGCAUAUGCACCCUAGUAACUUAGUCAUUUGUACCAGACUUCAAAGCUGUGCACAUUUUUUUGGUAUUAUGCUUGUAUGUUUUACUCGUAAAUGCAUUUGAUCCAAAACAUGACAAGAAAGAUUCUUGAUAUAAAAAUAAGUUUUUUUUGUGUCUCAACUCUUUAUACCUUCUGAUUGAAUUGAUGAAACAAAUUAUGUAUCGAGUUGUUAUUCUCUGAUACAUGUACUUGAAAAUUGUUGUGGUUCGAUAACUGAUAAUGACUGUGCAUCAAGUUUUUCUGGAAAAAAUUUCCAUUACAAUGAGUUUGUUUUAUUACUUUUAGAAAGCAUUUUGUUGUUUUUAACAUGUUGCACGCUUUUGUUGUGCUUAGUGAUACGAUGAUACAGCAACACUUUGUUUGUCGUUUUAGUAGAAAAAGCAAUAAGACAACUUACAUACUAGGACAGCGUACCUGCUAAUUGUAUUUUCAGAUAUGUAGCUCGAGACUGCUCUUACAGAAGACAAUAAACUAUGAUUUGUCUCGCAGUCUGCUGCCAAUGCGUUUUAUCAAUGCUCUCUCUCACAUAAUCGGUUGUUGUGAUAUUGAUACUCAUAACAUGUUUAUUGGAAUUUUUUUUGUGUAUACUAAACCUUUUUUGCCCUCGAACUGACACAAUGAAAUGUGGGUGUUUACCAGCCCAAGAGAGUCACUUGUAAAUAUAGAGUAGCAUAAACUGUUUUUAAAAUGUGUGUGUCAUGUCAUAUAAUUAUAUAAAGUUGAGUGAUAUAAAUUGAAAUAUAUUUGUAAAUUAAGUUGUAACAAUAUAAAUGCAUUAAAACAUUUUACCUUUAUGUAUUUAAAAAAAAUGCUAAAAUAAACAAAGAAAAACCGCACAAAUUGUUUUUUGUCUUGUGUGCUAGAAUUUAGGUCUGUUUUACAGUGACAAAAUGUAAUAACAAGAAUGGAUCACUGACCCGCAAGAUAUACCAUAAUCGUUCCACUAUCCACCUGCCGCUUAUGAAAAAUUAAUCUAAUUGGAAAAAAAAAAAAUUGUACAAGAACAUAAAAUUAUCUGUAUUUACAGUUAUAGUGAAAAUAAUCCACAAAGUAAUGAUAGAACACUGAAUAUUCUUGUACUUGAAGUUAUUUUCUAUGUAUUUGACACGUAAACAAACAUAGCUACCACUGCGGCUAAAUACAUACUCUCAUUGGUCGGAUGGAGUAGUGUAAACGGAAGAACUGGGCAUUGCCGAGCUAACUAAUGUAUGUGUGUGU